AAUAUAUUUCUUAGCGGUCUAUGGAAUAUUGCUAUGACACAACCAGAUGAUCCAGAGUUCCCAUCCCUCGGUGUUUUCCACUGCAUGGCAAGUUUGAUCCAGAAAGGUAUUGAUAAUAGAAGUUGGCUUCUUAAGGAUCAAAACAUUUACAUCCCUUAUUAUGCAGCUCAUAUUAUUGGCUCUUACACCAUGAACAAGGUUAAGUUUGCAGAGAAAGCUGUUCAAUCUGGUGUGAUACCUCCAUUAAUGGAUCUUUUAAGAGGAAGGAUUAGUUGGGUGGAGCAAAGAGUUGCCGUUCGAGCUCUGGGUCACCAUGCAAGCUUUGAGAAAACGUUUGAUGCAGUAGCAAUGUAUGAAGAAGAUGUGGUGAAAUCAGCUAUGCGGUUAGCUUCCAAUUGCCUUGAAGUGGUGUACUCAAAAUUCGUUGGGGUACGGGAUGCAAAGGAGAGGCUGAAGUAUCAUAGUGACUUGCUCACAAGAGGUGUUGGAGGGCUAGACACUGAGAACAGGAAAGCAGAGGAGUGGGCUUGCCAACUUCAACGCUGGUCUCUCAAUCUCUUAAAUUGCUUUGCUUGCAAAGAAAGGUCUCUGAAUCUCAUUUGUAAGCAAGAUUUUUUCAGAGAUUUGUGUGAAAUGUGGGGUGGAUUGGUGAUGAAUCACGUAUCACCUGCUGGGGUUGGACUCAUUAGAAUUUUAUGUUACAGCAAAUACGGAAGAAAGAGUAUUGCUGAAUCCAAAGAAGUUGUAAGAAGUCUCUGUAAUCUCUCGAGAUCUUCAGAUGAUUGGCAGUACAUUGGUAUUGAUUGUCUUCUAUUACUUCUCAAGGACCAAGAUACCAGGUUUAAAGUCAUAGAAGUUUCCGCCUUGUUUCUUGUGGAUUUGGUUGAACUCAGGAGCCUUGGCAAUCGAUCAAAUGUAGGAGAAGCAAUCGCAAGAGUACUUCUUUUUUAUUACAGACAAAGCAUGUUGAAAUUAAAGAACAAUGAAGUUCAAAAAGUUAUGCAAGAAAUUUGGGAUUUGAAGGUAGAGAGGAGAAAACGAGAGAAAACAAUGACUGAAGAAAUGGUUGAAGACAGAAGGGUUUUGGCGGGUUUUAUAAAACAACAGGGCAACCACAUGUUUUGGCUAGGAAACAUAGAAGAAGCAUUGGUGAAGUAUACUGAAGCACUAGAUGUAUGUCCAUUGAGGUUAAGAAAAGAGAGAGUGGCACUUUACAGUGACCGAGCUCAGUGUCGCUUGCUGCUUGGGAACCCAGAUGCUGCCAUUAGUGACUUAACUAGAGCUCUGUGCCUGUCCACUCCUGCAAAUUCUCACAGCAAGAGCCUAUGGAGAAGAUCACAGGCCUUUGACAUAAAAAGGUUGGCCAAAGAAAGCUUGAUGGACUGUGUAAUGUUCCUGAAUGGCUGCAUCAAGACUGAAACAGCCAAAGGUGUGAAAAUUCCAUACCAUGCAGCACGUAUGAUCAGCAAACAGAUGGAAGCUACGUGGGUUUUUGCCAAUCUGAAGUCAAAAACAUCAAACAAUCAAUCAAGUAGAGUGCAAGAACUGGAUUGUGACUCUGAGAAUUAUGACAAGCAAAAAUAUGAUGAGAUGAUGAGAAUUAUGAUAGAGAAAAAAGGUCUUAUCUCCAGGCUGUCCACCAUAGGAAGUGAAGGGGUGGAGAGAAAGAUGGAAAGGGCAAGGAGUAAGAAAGCUGUUGUGGCUCGAUCAAUGGAAGGUAGAUGGAGAGCAGGAUUGUUGCGUGCUGAGGGAGAGAUACUGUGA